AUGAUGGACGCUGCCAGAUUUGAACAGCUUGGAUUAAGCACAUUCUAUAACAACAUCCCGUUAGUUUCUUUUUUUAAGUGGAAGCAGAAGGUCAACGAGUUCCUUCGAAUUUCUCCGGUUGCCGACGAUGGAGAGGUGCCGCCAAUUGAGAAGGACAAAGCACGACAGUGGGCCCAUCGCCAGAAACUCUACUCGGCGAUGAUCACAGCGAAAUUGACACACAAUGCGGCCCAGAGCAUCAACGUCUCUGAGAUUUCACAAGUCCAGUCGCUUAUCAAGGCUGUAAAAGACCUUUUCAAACCAGAAGGCAUUGGCACAUACGUGAAUCUCCAGCGACGGUAUAUGUCCCUCACGAGAGAAAAGUGUGGGAGCGCCCAAGCGUUAGGCGCUGAGAUCCGGAAGAUUCAUGCUGAAAAGCUCCUCCUUGACCCAGACUGUGUUACCUCCGAGAUUGAGCGAACAUUCUUCUUCUUGCAUGCACUUGGACCCGAGUAUGAGAGCUUCCGCGACCAUAUCUUUCGACAAAUGAACCUUGUCAAUGAAAGGGAUGCCGAUGACACCAUUACGAGAGCGGCGCCCACGUUCGGCUAUAUUGAGAACAAGGCCAUUAAGGAAGAACAUCAGAAGGGACAGUUGGGCAAACAACCCGUCGACGGGCACACACUGCCUGCCCUCGCUCUCAUCCGUGAACCCGGCGACAAGAAUCUCAUACCGUCACUGGACGGGACGACAUGUGGAAUUAAGAUCGAUAACGUCCCAUUCUGCUCCUUCUGCCGGAAACCCUAUCACGUGGACUCUGAGUGCUUCCGCAAGAAUCCAAAACGAAAGGACCAGACGAAAGACGGAAAGAGCCACAAGGAAAAACCGGGUAGUUCGCAUACGGGCGCCCGCAGGCCAUUAGAGAGGCGGCCCUCCACUCGUGACGAAGAUGAACGAUGUAGCUGGCCCAAAGGAUCCAAAGAGACCCACCUUCAUGGCGACUCAGGUCUUCAAAGAAGAUGUCAAUAA